AUGAAGAAUCUCAUCACGAGACAGCUUCCCCAAGCAUUGGCUGGCCUUCUUUGCUUGACCAAUGCAGCCAUCGCGGCCCGCUCAGUGCCAAUCGACUUGAUAUCCUACUUCAACAACAAAGCGUUCGGCACCUAUCCGAAUGAGACCGCAUUCGAGACCAACCUCAACCGGUCCUACCCGCCGCUGAACCACCUCGCCCAGGAUGGCAUCUACACGUCCCAGAGCACAGGCGUGCGGUACGACUUCCCGAGCUACACAGGCCCGCAGCAGCCAGACAACCUGAUCUGCUCGGGGCAGACGAUCCCGGUCCCGGGCAGCGGCAACGGCAGCAAGGCCUUCUCGCUCAGCAUGCUGGUGGCCAACGACGUGCGCGACGCCAUCGCGUCGCACGACCUGACGUACCUCUACACGGACGGGACGUCGGCCGCCGCCGAGCUGCGCGCCCUGUCCUUCUUCAGCUGGCUGACGCUCACGCACGGCGAGAUCAUCAGCCCCUUCACCUGGACCCCUGAGGGCAAGGACUGGAAUACCAGCCAGAUCUUCGAGUUCACGGGCUACCUGGACCCGGCCAAGACGCUCGCGGCCGUGCAGCUGCCAGUCGCUGACAAUGCCACCGUGGGCCGCGUCCAUGUCUUUUCUAUGUCGCUGCUAGUGAGCGAAACAGCCUCCAGCGGUCCUGCCGGUGUCGAGGUCCAGAGCGUGCGUCCCACGCAGAAGUGGACCGAGGCGGGGAACCAGGUCGUCGAGGUCACUGUGAACAAUGUUGGGAGCGAGUGUGUCUCAGGCUCGGGGCUGACGUUGUCCUUGGAGGGUCUCGGUGUCAGCACGAUCGAGACGGGGUCCAUCAAGAGACUCUGUCCUGGUGACCAGAAGCGUGUCAACGUCGGCGUCAGUGGGUCUGCGAACAGCACUACUGUUACAGCCACUCUAUCUGGCGUCAGCGGCAACCAAACAACUAGCUUUUCCGGGAUUAAUAUCGGGUUUGAGAGCUUCACUACUGACCUGGACAGCCUCGCUAAGCACGAGUCGCCGGAGUGGUUCGAUAAUGCCAAAUACGGUAUAUUUAUUCAUUGGGGCCCUUAUGCUGUACCAGGAUACGGCGGAGUGGCCCCGAACGAGACUUAUGCUGAGUGGUUCUGGUGGUACUCGAACAACCACUUUGUGAAUGCAGACAAGUCAGACAGCUAUGGCUACCGCCUCGAUACGUUUGGACCGGACUGGAAUUAUGACGACGGGUUCCCCAACUACACAGCGUCCGCGUGGGACCCCAAGGAGUGGGUCGAUCUCUUCGCCGAGGCGGGCGCCACGUAUUUCGUCCUGACGACUAAGCACCAUGACGGCUUCACGCUGUUUGAUGCAGGUGACACGACGAACCGCUCGUCGAUCAAUUACGGUCCCAGGCGGGAUAUUGUUCAGGAGCUAUUUGAUGCUGCGGCCACGUACCAACCAUCCCUGAAGCGUGGUACUUACUUCUCCCUUCCGGAGUGGUAUAAUCCUGACUUUGGGCCGUAUGGUUUCGUCCAACAUGACACCGUUGGCUCCACAAGCUGGGUGGGCAUACCGGCAACCAACCCUUUUACAAAUCUUACUGAGCCGUACACCGGCAAACUGCCAAUCGGAGACUUUGUUGAGGACCUCAUGUAUCCCCAGAUGGAGACUCUCGCGUACAAGUAUGGUACUGAUAUAAUGUGGUGCGAUGCUGGCACAGCGAAUAAGACAGCCGAAUUUGCCUCAGAGUGGUGGAACUGGGCGCGGAACAAUGACCGGCAAGUUGUCAUGAACAGUCGAUGUGGUGUAGCCCAGGCCUCAGACUUCGAGACCCCUGAAUACAGUACCUACUCGUCGGCCCAGAGACACAAGUGGGAAUCAAACCAGGGUAUGGACCCCUAUAGCUAUGGGUACAAUGCCCAGACGCCCGCAGAGAGCUAUAUGAAUGCCUCUACUAUUGUCUACUCCCUUGUGGAUAUGGUCGCCAAGAAUGGCAACCUGCUGCUGGAUAUUGGGCCGCGAGCAGAUGGGACGAUUGUUGAGGCAGAAGUAGCCAACCUGCGCCAGGCUGGGAAAUGGAUUCACGCCCAUGCCGAGGCUGUGUUCAACACGACGUACUGGUUUGUUCAGACGCAGAUCGCCAGCCCGCAGGAGGUCCGUUUCACGCAGAACGACAACGCAUUCUACGUCCUCUUCCUCGAGCAGCCGGAUGUCGCGGAAGACGGGCACGUCUGGGUGAACGCCACGGUACCGGUGCUGGAGGGAGACACAAUCUCGAUGGUUGGGGACGCCACGGGGGUAAAUGACCUAUCGUGGAAGACGUCGCCGGAGGGAUAUUUGGCCAUUAAUGUCUCGGCCGAGGCCCUAGCAUCGGAGGAAUUCGGCUGGGUAUUCAAAAUCGCGUAUGCGUGA